UAGAAUAUAAUAAUUGAUUUGUCUAAAUUUCUAUUGGUUAAUAAAUUAAUCAAAUGAUUAAAUUAUCUCGUUUUUGAUUGGUUGAAUUAUAAUUCAAUUUCUGAUUGGUUAAAAUGAAAUCUAUUUGAACUUGAAAUAUUUCAUUUGAUCAUGAUUGGAAUGCAAAAAUCCAUACGAGUGGAUGAUCAUAAUGAUCAUGAUGAUGAUGAUGAUGUUGGCGGCGAUGAUAUUGGUGAUGUAAGAAACUUCAUCUGAUACAUUAUAAAACAAACAAACACAUAUAUAUUUCAUCAGAUCUAUGUAUAUACAAAAUAAAGAAGAUCCAUAAAGGAAUGUUACAGAACAAUAAAUGAAUUGAACAUUAUAGUAUGAAACAAAAUCAUUGAAAAUAAUGGAAUAUCAUAUUACACAACAUUCAUUUAUGGAUUAUGGAGAUGAUAAUGAUGAUGUUGAUGAUUUGAAAAGUCAUUUCUCUAACAUUUAUUCCCAUGAAGAAAAAAUCAAUAAUCAAUCAAAUAUGUAUGAUUCUAUGAUUGAUAAUUUACAAGAUGAAAUGAAUCCCGACUAUUCAACUAGUAAUAAUAAUGGUAAUAGUAAUAAUAAUAAUGAUAAUAGUCGAAAAGAGUCAACAAUAUUAAAUCAAUCAUCAUUAAUGUGGCUUGAUGAUUCAUUAGAUACAGAUAUUCUACCAUUAUCUGGAUUAAGUGAAUUAUCAUCAUAUAGUAUUCCUAUAAUAUCAAAUGAUAAUUCAGAAAAUGAUGAUUCUAAUUGGAGUAUGUGGUUAAAAACAUGUUCAUCUCAAUCACCAGCUACUGAUAGGAAAGCAAAUAAAUUUACUAUUAAAUUAUCAGAUGAAGAUUUUUCUAUUCAUCAUCAAGAACCAGAUUAUGCACAUCAUAGGCAUCAUUAUCAACAACAUCAUCAUCAUCAUCACCAUCAUCAUCAUCAUCAUUGUCAACAGUUUGAUCAAUGUCAAAAUCAUAGUACAGAUAAGGAAAUUAAUUUAACAAAUGAAGAAUCUUUGAAGAAAACAAAUGACACUGACAAUAAUAUUUAUGAUAUUGGACAACAACAACAACAACAACAACAACCACGUAGGGAUUCAUUAAACACUGAAGUUACCGAGAAAAUCGAGCCCAUUGAAAGCGAUAUUGAUAAUCCUCCUCAUUUCCGGGACAAAUAUCCUUCUCACCAUUAUCAUCAUAUUCAUUAUCACCAUCAUCAGCAUCAUCAUCACCACCACCAUCAUCAUCAUCACCAUAUUCAUGAAGAUCAACAAUCAUCUCUGAAUGAAAUGACUAAUUCUAUUGAAGAAUGUAAUAAAUGUCAAUCAUUUGAAUUCAAACGAAAUUAUACACUGGAUAAAAAUCUGAAUGAUGAUAUUAAAGAGAAAGAGAAUGAUAAUGAUUUUAUCAAAACGAUUGAUUAUUUAGAAGAAAUGUUCAAUUUAGAAUUGACUGAUUUUUGGCAUACAUCACAUAAUCGUGUUAUUCAAUGGUUGAAUAAUAAUAUACAACAAACUAUGUCAACAUUAAAAGAUUAAUUUAAUUCAAUUUCAUUCUUUAAUUAUAGUCUACUUAUUAAAUUACUACUUAAAUACUAUUUGUUAGUAGUAUUGGACAAUAUGAAGUAUUAAACAAUAAUUAUGAGUGAUUAUUGUGUAUAUAUAUAUAUAUAUAUAUAUA